GUGGUAUGAUUCGACCCUUUGUUGCUUGGAUCCUGUUAGCCUUGUGGUUGGGUCAUCGUUUUCACAGAGAAAGAGAGAGACGGGUUUGGAUGCGUUGAAAUGCCACACCGUGAGGCUGCCGUACGCUUUCUCCUUCGUCGACACACAAAUUGACAUCCUUUUCUCAACUCUUCAACUGUACACGGAUUGCAAUCAUACACAGAUAUAUAUAUAAAUCAUAUAUAUGUAUAUACACACCCAGUUCUUCAGCUUCCCUUUCCCCCUCCAUUAAUCGCUUAAUCCCUAUUCUCUCUCUCUCUCUCUCCAAGCACCCCAAUUUCAUCAUCUCCUACACCCGAUCUGUGUGUGUGUGUUUUGUGUGUGUAUAGUUUGAUGGGUCUAUCAUGGAGCAGCAGAAGGAGGAGAAACAACACUUACUAUCAAAACCCUCACCCACCUUCUCAACUCAUCUCUUCUUCUUCUUCUUCGUCUUCGUAUCCUUACCCUUCUGAACCUUAUCCUGCGCCCUCUCCCUACGCUUAUCCCACGCACCACCCUCCUCCACUUGGACCACCUCCUCUUCCUGGGCCUCCACCACCAGGUCCGCCACCACCUCCUCCUCCUCCGAUUUACUCUUCCUACCACUAUUCUGGUGGGUACAGUGCCUGCAAUUACGCUAAUCCUAUGGUGGGCCGCUCCAAUUUCGUCCCUUAUUACACUUAUCAGACCAAUGGGUGGACCGGAAUGCGGCCGCCUCUUCCGCCACCGCCGCGGCCGCAGUAUGUAGACCAUCAGCACGCCAAGAAGGUCAGGAAUGACGUGAAUGUGCAUAAAGAUACAUUAAAGCUUGAAAUUGAUGAGCAGAACCCUGAUCAUCAUUUGGUUUCAUUCGUUUUUGACGCAUUGUUCGACGGGAGCAUCACUGUUUUUUACUUCGCCAAGGAAGAGCCCAACUGUAAGUUUGUUCCAUUAUACGCUGAAGCCUUUAUGCCAGUAAAAAUCCCUUUUCAGAAAGGACUUGGCCAGAAAUUUCGUCAGCCUUCAGGAACAGGCAUUGACUUGGGCUUCUUUGCUUUGGAAGAUCUUUCAAAGCAAUCCCCAGAAGAAGAUGUGUUUCCGCUAGUAAUCUCUGCUGAAACAUGCUCGGCUUCUCUUCCCACAGACCAACAUGUUAGUGAGCCUCCUCCGAAUUCAUCUUCCAAUACCCAGAUUACUCAAGCUGUUAUAGAGAAGAACAAUGAGGGCCCUUUCCAUGUGAAAGUAAUCAGGCAGAUUUUGUGGAUUGAUGGGGUUCGCUAUGAGCUGCGUGAGAUAUAUGGAAUUGGAAGCUCAACUGCAGAAAGCUUUAAUGACAGUGACACAGGAAAGGAGUGCGUGAUUUGUAUGACUGAGCCAAAGGAUACAGCUGUGCUACCAUGCCGGCAUAUGUGUAUGUGCAGUGAAUGUGCAAAACAAUUGAGGCUUCAGUCUAAUAAAUGCCCAAUAUGCCGUCAACCUAUCGAGGAGCUCAUGGAGAUCAAAAUCAAUAAUGUUGAUCAGUGAAAAUCCUUUUCGUCGUACCUAAUCAAAUUGUAUGAUACAGCCAAUAUAUUCUUUUAUUUGUGUCUAAUGCUGUUGUAUACACUUUUUGUUCUGUUAAAGAGUGUUUAUCCUACUUUACAUUCUGCUGUAUACACAUGUCUGUAAUCUUGGCUGUGGCCUAUUCAUGUUGUUCUUACUGUUUUCAUCAUCCGUUUAGUUUAAUUAAAAGCUUGUUUUAGGUCUGGAGGACUAUCUUUUUGUUUGAUAACACAUUUUGCUUUAAGUGGAAACACAGCCUUUCUUUUC